AUGUCUACCGCAGAACCAACUCCAGCGACAGCUCAAAUCCCCGUCAUCAAUGUUUCCCAAAUCGACAUUGAAACGGCAGACCGCCUAGUUGAUGCGGCAGCCACGUUCGGGUUCAUCUUUGUCGAGCUCGAAAGCACGAACAUCGAUUACAACAGUGUGCAACACAUGUUCCAGUUGUCGAAGAAGUUCUUUAGUUCUCCAAGAGCGGAGAAGGAGAAGUGCGCGAUAUCGGAAAACAAUAAAGGAUGGAGUUCUAUGCUCUCCGAGACUUUAGAUCCGGAGAACCAAUCACGAGGAGACUUCAAAGAAGCUCUUAAUUUUGGCGAAUUCAAAGAUGGUCACGCCCAACAACCUCUCCCAGAUUCUCUAGUCGCAGAUGAAUCAACCCUUAACGAUUUCUUCACAUCAUGCCAUAACCUAUGCGUCCGCCUCCUUCAGCUAUUCGCCAUGGGUUUAAAAAUAGAUGAAGAAGCAGGCGGUAAAGACUGGUUCUCAUCACGACAUGAUCAAUCUGGUCCUUCUGGGAGCAUAUUACGAUUAUUACACUACCCCAUCAUCCCCUCCGACGCAAAUUACGUCCCAGGAAAAGAUAUCCGAGCAGGUGCCCAUUCAGACUAUGGAAGUAUAACACUUCUUUUCCAAAGACCAGGGCAGGAAGGAUUGGAGAUUCUAUCGAAAGGAUGGCAACCAGUUCCGGUUCAUCCAGAGUCCGUGGAUACGUCCCGUCCACCACCGAUUUUGGUUAACAUCGGUGAUUUAUUGUCAUACUGGACCGGUGGGUAUCUCAGGAGUACAGUUCACCGGGUAGUAGUACCACCCACCGCAAGCAUUAGCGGAGAAGAUAGGUACUCGAUGGCAUUCUUCUGUCAUCCCGUUGAUACGGCGCUUCUUGUGCCGGUACCCAGUACAUUCCUUCAAGAGAGAGGUAAAAAACGAGGUGCAAUGGAAGCAGAAUCCCAAGGGAAAAUAAUCACAGCUGCAGAACAUCUCAAGGGUAGAUUGGCAGCUACAUAUGGUUGGAAAAAGUAA